CUCUUUUUUUCUUCUUUUCUUCUUUUUUAUUAUAUAUUUUUUCCUUCUUGCAUUGUGUUUUGUUUUGACCGUUGCUUUUUCUUGUUAACGUUUUCUCUGUUCACACUCUUUUCUUUCACUGAUUCCUUCUACACUCUGUCAUUGCUCAAAAGCGCUGUUUUGUUCCUUGUUCAUGUUCAUGCUCAUGUUCUCAGACACCAUUUUUAGAUUUGGGAAUUCUUUAUGAAUCUAGUGAAACAUAAAGAAGGAUUCUUCUUUGAUUUCAAUUUCAAUGCAAAGUUAAAAAUUGGAUAUUAUUGUGCAUAAGGGGAAGUAAGAAAUGGGAUGUUCACAAUCAAAGCUGGAUGAUGAAGAGUCAGUUCAGCUUUGUAAAGAUAGAAAGAGAUUCAUCAAACAAGCUGUUGAGCAAAGAACUCGGUUCGCGACCGGGCAUAUUGCUUACAUUGAAUCUAUGAAAAGAGUUUCUGCCGCUCUUCGUGAUUAUAUCGAAGGAGACGAGCCUCGUGAGUUCUCGCUAGAGUCGGUGAUUACGCCACCUUUUACGCCUGUGAAGAAGAAAACUAAGCCUAGGAUUGGCAAUGGCAAUGGCAAUGGUAAUGACAAUGGCAAUGGCUUCAUUCCGAUAUCAGCAAAAUCUUUCACACCAUCAACCAUUGAUUAUGGAGUUGGAGAAAAUGAUACUUUGAGAAUGAAUUAUCAUAGGCCAGGUGGUAAUCCAGCUAUUUUGGUUCAGGAAAGGCUUCCAUCACCUGAAACUGUCCGAAUUACUUCGAUAAUGAAUUAUCAUAGGCCAGGUGGUAAUCCAGCAAUUUCGGUUGAGGAAAGGCCUCCAUCACCCGAAACCGUCCGAGUUACUUCAGGAAUGAAUUAUUAUUGGCCAGGUGGUAAUCCAGCAAACUCGGUUGAGGAAAGGCCUCCACCACCCGAAACUGUCCGAAUUACUUCAAGAAUGAAUUAUUAUUGGCCAGGUGGUAAUCCAGCAAACUUGGUUGAGGAAAGGCCUCCACCACCCGAAACCGUUCGAAUUGAAACGUAUUCUCCAAUGCAGCAUUAUGGCACUGCUGAUGGUUAUUUUACAAUGCAGUCACCACCUACAAAUCCAUCGAUUUUUCCUUAUUCUCCUCCGAAUAUUAGGCCUAAUAUCCCUCCACCUUCACCUCAAAAUGCUCAAUGGGAUUUCUUUUGGAACCCCUUUUCGUCGUUGGAUUACUAUGGUUAUCCAAACCGAAGUAGCGUCGAUCAGAGCGGUAUGGAUGAUGAAUAUAGAGGACUGAGGCAGGUACGGGAAGAAGAGGGAAUACCUGAUCUUGAAGAAGAUGAAACUGAACAUGAAGAUUAUGCUGUGAAGAGAAAUGUAAUAGAAGAAAGAACUAGAAAUGAUAUUAAUUUCUCCAGGAGAAAUGUAGUAGAAGAAAGAACUAGAAAUGAUAUUAGUUCCUCCAGGAGAAAUGUAGCAGAAGAAAGAACUCGAAAUGAUAUUAGUUCUUCCAGGAGAAAUGUAGCAGAAGAAAGAACUCGUAAUGAUAUUAGUUCCUCCAGGAGAAAUGUACCCGAAGAAAGAACUCGUAAUGAUAUUAGUUCCUCCAGGAGAAAUGUAGUAGAAGAAAGAACUCAAAAUGAUGUUAAUUUCUCCAAAGAACAAGUCAUUGUUGAAGAUAUUGAUGAUGAUGAGGAAGAGGAAGAGGAAGAAGAGGAGGAUGGGGAGGAGGAUGAAGAAGAGGGAUCAGAUGAUGAAACUGAAACCGAGCACGAUGCUAAAGAUUCACAACAAGCUCGUGACAAUCCAAGUUUUGAAGUAUCAAAAAAUCAAGCUGCAGGUCAUAUGGAAUCCAACCAUAGAGAAAUGGCAAUUGGUAAACAAGAAGAUAAGGAAGAAAUGGCAGGUUUUACCGUUUACGUAAACCGAAGGCCAACAAGCAUGGCAGAAGUAAUCAAUGAUCUUGAAGCUCAAUUCAAAACUGUGUGCAAUGCUGCUAAUGAUGUCUCAGUUUUGUUAGAGUCCAAGAAAGCUCAGUAUUUAUUAACAUCUCAUGAACAUUCAGCAUCAAAAUUAUUGAAUCCGGUCGCUUUGUUCCGGACAGCUUCUUCGCGGUCUUCUUCGUCAAGAUUUUUAGUGAAUUCUUCAAGCACUAGGAUGGAAAGUAAUGAGGGAACUAAGGAUAUCUCAGAGGAACAUUGUAGGCUUUCUGGUAGUCACCAAUCUACAUUGGACAAGUUAAAUGCAUGGGAGAAGAAGCUCUAUGAGGAAGUCAAGUCUGGAGAACGAGUCCGAAUUGCAUAUGAGAAAAAAUGCAAACAACUAAGUAACUAUGAAGUAAAAGGAGAGGACCCUUCUGCAGAUAAAACAAGAGCAGCCAUCAGAGAUCUAGAUACUCAGAUAACAGUUUCAAUACACUCAGUUGAAGCUAUUUCCCGGAGAAUUGAAACUCUAAGGGACGAAGAGUUAUAUCCUCAACUUCUUGAAUUGGUACAAGGGCUUGAAAAGAUGUGGAAAGUGAUGGCAGAAUGUCAUCAAACACAGAAGAGAACCUUAGAUGAAGCUAAGAUUCUUCUAGCUGGCACACCUUCCAAAUUACAUCCAAAAAGACAGACUUCCAUUUCAAUGGCUGAUCCAAACAGACUAGCCCGGUCAGCCUCAAAUCUUGAAAUCGAGUUAAGGAACUGGCGAAUCACCUUCGAGUCAUGGAUCACUUCUCAAAGAUCCUACAUUCAAGCACUGGCCGGAUGGCUUCUCCGGUGCGUGAGAUCCGAACCCGAUGACAUAUCAAAGUCACCAUGCUCUCCUCAUAGGUCAAGCAGCAGUCACCCGUUAUUCGGACUUAUUGUUCAAUGGUCAAGGCGUCUUGAUGGUGUACGCGAAAAGGCGGUGCUUGACGGCAUGGACUUUUUUGCAGCUGGGAUGGGAUCCCUCUAUGCGCAUCAACUGAGACAAGAUUCGAGAACAAACUCAUAUGGAUCAAAACAAACUGAUGGGAGUAUGGAAAUGGUGGAAGUUGGUCAUGUGGAAGAAGAUGCGAUGGCGCCUGAAAAACUUGCUGAAGUUGCUAUUAAAGUGCUUUGUGCUGGAAUGUCUGUUGCAAUAAGCUCAUUAGCAGAGUUUGCUUUUGAGUCUGCUGAGGCAUAUUGUGAAGUUAUGAAGCAAUGGGACAGUGUGAAGGGUCAGCAUAACUCUAGUGAGACUAGAACAUAGUUGUUGUCUCACAUUUUGUGUGCUUAUUAGUUAAUUAGUUUAUUAGACUUGUUUAGCUAUGUGUUUUUGCCAAUGUAAUUAUGCAUUUAGCUAAUCAAUACAAAGGUAGAUAGCAAGGGCAAUUGCACCCUUUAUUGUUCAAAUCA